AUGACGGAACCUAUCAUGCCCAAAGUGAAUGAUAAGUUUGAAUCCUUAAAAGCCUUUGAAGAUGCUGCUAAAGCUAAUGGGUUCGCUUUCUCAAGAAAAAACAGCUAUCUUACUGGACGCAAAGGCAAAUCACCUUUCGUUGUUUUGCAAUGCAUUAAAGCUGAUAGUAAUGCACCUACUCGUAUUAUUACAGCAGCUGUUAACAAGAUCAUUAAUGGCGGAAUCAUUCACCCAAAAGACAUUGUAAACGAACGUGCCU